ACUUUCCGCAUUGCUAUCAUCCAUCCUGCUUAGGCGCAGUACCGUUUCUUGCAUGCUCAACUUAGCUGGGGAUGUUCUCUUGACAAAUUGCUGCAAUUCCGAGUCGGAAUGUCAUGGGAAAUAUUGAUUACCAUUCCAGAUCUCUAACUGUUUUGAUGGCUCGGGAGGUACUAGCUUGCAUUUCUGCACUAGUCCCGCUAGCUCCGUGUCGACGCGGUCUUUUUUUGCCUUCGGAACCGCGGAAGAAUCGGACAGUGUUACUAUCUCGGUUGAAGAUGCCGACGCAAUAGCAGCAUUUAAAACGACGCGACCUGGGCUCUUGCUUGCAUCACCACUCAUACCUAUGGCUUCGAAUUCCACUCUGCGCUCUUUGGCGAAUCUGAUAUCCUCAUCCGUUGACAUAAUCGAAGAACGAGUUCAAGUUCCCGACCUAGAUUUGGCCUGCCAUGAAGGCGAGGUUCCGGAUAAAGGAUUCAGCGAUCCAGCGGUUGUCGACGCGAUUUCUUGCAUUGUUGCUGCAACAGCUCAGCUAGUGGCGACCAUACGACCUGCUCAUUUGACCCUCAUUUCGACAGCUAUGAUGAUUCACGUCCCCUCGGCGCUUCGAACAGCCACAGACCUUCAUGUUGCAGAGAUAUUGCGAGAUGCUGGCCCCCAGGGACUACAUAUCAGAAAGAUUGCCGCUCUAUGCUGCACGAGCCCCGGAAAGCUAGCACGCAUCCUCCGCCUCCUAGCUACAGAGCACAUUUUCAAAGAGGUCACUCCGGAUGUUUUUGCCAACAAUCGCAUCUCGUCUUUACUAGACACUGGGAAAUCAGUUGACAAGCUGAUAGAAAGUGCACAAUAUAAAUGGGACGGCGGUGUCGGGAUAGCCGCCUUCGUCUCAUACACUGGUGGACACACUCUGAAGUUCACUUCAUAUCUUGCAGAGACGAUGCAGGAUCCAUCGUUCGCUCACUCCGAGGAUCACAUCAAGGCUCCGUUCAACUACACGUCAAAGACUGACUUACCCUUUUGGCAAUGGCUGGACCUUCCUGAGAACGAGGAGGAGAGACGAAAAUUCGGGCUUGCGAUGACUUGUGCUCCAAAGCACAGUAUGCUCGACGGUUUUGAAUGGGGUCAACUUCCACAAAAUGGCGUGGUGGUAGACGUUGGCGGAGGAGUGGGAAUGGCGACUCUGCCUGUAGCGAAAGUGUUUCCAGAUCUGAAGAUCAUCAUACAGGAUCGACCAAAGUUUGUCGCAGACGCGAGAAAGUUGUGGAAAGAAGAAUUGCCUGGUGCUGUGUCUAGUGGACAUGUCUCUUUUCAAGUACACGACUUUUUCGAGCCCCAGCCAAUUAAAGCAGCAGACGUUUAUUUGAUGCGCUGGAUCAUGCACGAUUGGAAUGAUUCAAUGUGUAUCAGUAUCUUGAAGCAUUUACGUGAUGCUGCAGGUCCUGGAACGAAGCUUCUCAUCGUCGAUGCCCUUAUGUCUUACGCCUGCCAAGACUCAUUCGCAUGCGGUAUCCCCGGUGCAACAAAGCCUCUGCCGCCAAAGCCUCUUCUAGAAAACUUUGGGCAUGCUAGAGUAGGGGAGUAUUUGUUCGACCUUCAGAUGUGGGUGACCGUGAAUGGCCAGGAGCGGACGAUUCGACAGUUCUCCGAUAUUUUGCAGAUCGCUGGCUGGAAAAUUGAAGAAGUGAAAAGUGCAGCGGCUACUCAAGCACAUAUCAUUGCUAUUCCUUCUACUGUCUAACAGUCAGCUAUUGCUUUGAGCACAAUGCACAAUUACGAGUAGUAGCGUAUCAUAGCUGUUCGAAUUCCCUUGGUCUUCUGCUUCGGAUCAUUCCGAGGGGAAACUGAUUUCGCUUGUUUA